CAGCUAUGUAAGACAUUUACAAAAAGAAGUGGUAAUUUUUAUAGCCACAUUUGAGAAUACUUCUUCACUUCAGUCUGAUAGUCACCAAAAGAAGAUUAUGCUGUCAGUUUCCAAGUAUCCAAAGCAUUCAUUCGGAUGUCAUCUAAGAACAACUGGACAAAUUGAAUACAUCCAUCAACGAGAUGAGACUAGAAUUGGUCAAUUGUGAAAGUGUCACAUUCUACCAGGACUAUUAAAUCAUUAAGUACAUAAGAUAGGGUUAUUUUUGGAAUAUCUCAUCGGGAAAUGGCUUUCCAUACACAUACACACUCGUUUGUCGGAAAUUUUCAUAACUAUUGUGCAUAAAUAUGGUUGAAUUUUAUUCAUGCAGUCAACGUUCUCCUCUUUUAUAGCAUACGUGGUUGUGGGCUUGUUGCAUUAGACUUGUGAUUUUAAAUAACCCCAUAAAAAGAAAUCUAAGCCACAUCAAUAUCAACCACUUGCGACAAGAACUGGGUUAUCAUGUCGUGUUAUCGAGUACCAGUAACAAUAACUGAUUUUCAAAAAGGUGGGUUCUUAGAAUUCCAAGAGCAGCAAUUUGGCCGAUUAGCUAACCCAUCAACAAAAUAUGUGCCUCAUCACUUAAAAUAAUUUUGCUUAAAAAAAAAACAGCAUCAAUAUGUUGAAGCUAGGCUUCAGUUGGUUCGCUAAUUGAAUGGCAAAUUAAAGUCCUGCGUUAAUUGUGGGACACCCUGUAUAACUGUAUAUAUGGUCGUUGCGGUAGCUUCAACUUUUGGAUUACUCGAUGAGGACUGGAUUUACUUUUAUAAGCUCUUUGAAUCAUUGUCAGUCAGCUACCUUUACACCAAAUUUUCUUUCAGAAGACCCUCCAUAGUACCAUUCGCCCAUACAAAAUAAAGCGGCUAAUUCUCAAAGAAAGGGUUUUAAGGGUAUCGCUUUCAACUCGCUACCGGACAAACUGGACACAAAAUAUGCUAUUUUGCUGUUAUGUGCGUCGAAAGCUGCUUUUUACAAUGAACAUCAAAAUUGAAGUAGUCUAAAAAUUGUGAACUGCAUUUCUUCUUACUUUAAUUUUUAUUUCAGAUGUACGGAUGGUAUUCUUUUCGUUGUCGAUUCAGUGGUGGUAGAACGAAUGGGGGAAGCUAAAAUGGAGCUGAUGAGAAUGGCAAAAUGCCUCUAUAAUCUGAUACUCAUUGUAUGAACAUUUUUUUUCACAAAAAAAGCUUAAAUAGUUUAUUUAGGGUGUUCCUGUCUUAAUAUUGGCUAACAAACAAAAUUUACCUGGUGCACGCAAUCCCAAAGAUUAAGAGAAACUAUUAGGCCUGUGUGAACUAUUAUAACCUGCUGUACAUUUGUAACCCUACCUCUUCGUCGGCUGACAAUAUUGUUGGCUGCAGCAGCGGUACAAGUGGUGUGAAUACAUUCGGCAAAAGUAUAACUUCAAGCCCAGUAGGGUUGUGGCAUGCUGGCCGCAACAAAAACUUCUUUUGUGUUUGUAUGUUCUUUUCCUUUGUUUUGUCUAAGCUGCCUUUCACUCCAAGCGUUGGCAGUGACAUCUGUCGGCAAACAUUUGCAUUAUUUGAAGCCAUGGAUUGAUGGCACGGUGGUAUUCGGUACGGUCGGUACGGUCGAGGCCAUGCGUAUGUCGCUAAGGGCAGCGCGGUUAAUUGAGCGAAGAGGUUCGGUAAACCUCUUCCAAGACUACCCCUUCAGUUUCCACGAAGAUAAGACGGCGGUCGAAUCGAAACUGGAGGAGGUCGAAAAAUUAAUUUUAUCGGUUUCGGGUGAAUGCAAGCCACAGCAUGGAGCGAAAGCAUUGGCAAAGAUUGAGUGGUGCCGUUCGCGAAUAGGUCGGGCGCGACCGGGCAAUAACGGCGAGAUGAAUCAGCACAUGGAGCUGAAGAGCAAGUUGUUGCUCCAUCUCGCCGAACUACUAGAGGUAGGCGGCAGCGAAGAAUCCGAAGAAAAGGAAAUCGGUUCGGUCGAGCGCCCGGGUGCCACUCGUGUGGAUCCAAUAGCACUCCCACCCGUGGAGAUACGACGCGUGGUCGAGGAGCCAGCCGAGUCUCAGAAUCCGGCGAACUUGUCAAAGUGGGACUUUGACGGCGAAUAAGCGGAAAUGUCGCUAGGCACGCGACUUGGCUUAUGUCUCGACUGAUGCAGAGGUCGCGGCAGUACCAGUGCCGGACCUUGUUGAUAGCUUUAAGCCGUGAUCAAAUGCCCGGUGCUUCAAUUGUAGGAGAUUCAGGCAUGUCUCUUCAGAGUGUAGGAAGAGUAUAAAGUGUUUCGGGUGCGGAAGACUUGGAGUUAUGAAGCGGGACUGCCCGGCGUGGGCAGCGAAGCCGAGUGGCUCCCCGAGUACCCAACGAAGUACGGAAACCUGCUAACUCCCAGUUAGCGAAUGUAGGUGUUACCCUGUGUCUCCCGUCAUACAGUCGCGUAUGGACGAAGAGAUUAAGGAUAUGCUCGAUAAAGGGGUGCUAGAGAAAUCACAUAGUCCUUGGGCGUCUCUAGUAGUUAUAAUCAGGAAGAAAGACGGUACUUAUAGGUUUUGUGUAGACUAUAGGGUUCCAAAUAAAUUUACCGAGAAAGAUAGUUACCCACUUCCAUACGUGUCGGCGACCUUAGAUAAGCUAAAGGACGCUAAGUUUUUGUCCAGUGUGGAUAUUAAGUCCGCUUAUUUGCAAAUUCCAGUGGAGGAGCAGUCGAGGCCCUUCACAGCGUUUAUA